AUGACUUUGAAUAAGCGAUCACACUGGAAAUGUCCUGCGGUCGAAGCCGUACCACUUCGUUUAUACAACAGUUUGACAAAGAAAAAGGAAAUAUUUGUACCGUUGAAGGACAAUGAAAUCCGUUGGUACACAUGUGGUCCAACAGUUUACGAUACGUCUCAUAUGGGACAUGCGAGAUGUUAUAUAUCAUCCGAUAUUUUACGUCGUGUGCUGCAAGACUAUUUUGGCUAUAAUGUUUUAUAUUGUAUGAAUAUAACAGAUAUUGAUGAUAAAAUUAUUAAGCGUGCUCGUGAGCGAUAUCUUUUUAAACAGUACAUUGAAAACAGUGAAACAACUUUAGAAAAGAUUAUAGAUGAUUGUCAUAUGGCUCUGAAACAUACAAUCAAUUUGAAAUUACGCGAAACAGAUAAAGAUAAACAAUCAAUGUAUGACAAACAAGUGACAAACGUAGAAAAAUCAAUAAUAGAAUUGAAAACAAAUUUAAAAUCAUCCAGUGCUGAUCUUGACAUCGAUUCAUUACGAACGAAAUUAUUAUCUGAUACUCGCGAUAUUCUUAGUUCAUAUCUUGAUUUAACAUCUGGAAAAGAUGGGAAACAAUUCGAUAAUUCAAUAUUUUUAGAAUUAGCUCGUUUUUACGAGAAUGAAUUUCAUAAUGAUAUGUUUAAAUUAAAUAUACUACCACCACAUAUUUUAACAAGAGUUAGUGAAUAUGUCGAUGAAAUAAUUGAGUUUAUUAAAAAAAUAAUUGAAAAUGGUUAUGCUUACGUGUCAAAUAAUUCCGUUUAUUUUGAUACAAUUAAAUUUAAUUCUGAGCAUACGUAUGCAAAAUUAGAGCCAGGUUGUAUAGGUGAUCUAGCAGCAUUGGCUGAAGGUGAAGGUGUAUUAAGCGCACCUAUCAUAGAUGAAAAUGGAACAAGCCAGAUAAUGAGUGAAAAACGAAAUAAUUGUGAUUUUGUAUUGUGGAAAAAAAGUAAACAAGGUGAACCAAUUUGGACAUCACCAUGGGGAUUAGGGCGACCAGGAUGGCAUAUUGAAUGUAGUGUUAUGGCAAGUACUAUUUUAGGUAAAACCAUUCUGACAAUUACAAUUAUGUACGAUAUAAACAUAAUAUAUUUACUUAGGGCAUACCAAAAGUAGUGGCAGUGGUAUUUUUAUCCCUUAUAGAAAGGUUAAAGAAACUUUCUUUUUAUAUAGUCUGAUAGAGAAAAGAAUGUUCUAUUUUUCUAUGCUAUUUGAUC